AUGGCGCACAGACAUCACGGCUGCAGGGUUUCUCCCCCAAAGACGUGUUGCCUACUCCUUUUAGUAGCGGCAUUGUUAACAGUUCUAUGUAACCGAUCUGCCUCCGCGAACGGCGGAAUCGCGACUUCUCCUCCCGACUCGCUCUCCUCCUACUCCAAUGUAGCGUUGCUGGAUCCGCGGUUCGAGCUCUACUGGACCGUUAACAGUAGCGACGCCACCAUCCACAUGGCAGUGAAUGCCAAAACGAAGGGAUGGUUCGGUAUAGGCAUCUCCGAGAUUGGCUCCAUGGUGGGCUCAGAUGCCCUCGUCGCAUGGGUCGCACAGUCCGAAGCCCGCGCAUAUGCGACGGAUCGCUUCAUCUUCAACAAGACCACCGACGGAAUCGCACUCGACGACAAGCAGGACUGGCAUGUGCUGGGCGGCAGCCAGACCACCAACCAAUCCACGGGCGACACGUGGACCACCGUGCACGUGUGGCGCCAGCUGGACACGGGUGACUGCAACGACCGUCCCAUAGUUCCGGGGAAGCUUCACAACGUCAUCUGGGCCAUGGGCGCCACGACUGACGUCAGCUAUCACAGCUCCGACCGCGGCUCUUCCGCCCUCGUGCUCGCGCCUGCUCCUGGCCCCUCCAUUGUCGCGCCUGCGCCUCCCCCCUCCGCCUCCUCCUCCGCGUCCGCUGCGUCUCUCUCUGCGCCGCAGCCGGCGCAGCAGCCGGCGCAGCAGCAGCAGGAGAGCAUGCUAAAUUUCACGUUCACGAAUUACCGCCUGCCAACGGACUUCACGACCUAUCGCUGCAAGCACGCCAAUCUGCCGCCCUUCCGCCCAUCCGCCGCCCGUCUGCCAAUCUGCCGCCCGUCCGCCACUCCGCCGCCCAUCUACCAAUCUGCCACCCGCCCAGCGCUCCUUUUACAGCCAGCACGACACUUCUGUGUACUCCGAAUUGAGAGUUUCCUUUCCUUCCUCCUGCCCCCCUCACAUCACAGCAAGGAGUACGGCAAUCUCAAGGGUGCAGGGGCUGACUUUGACUGUCUACACGACACGCCAUGUGCCACCACUGUCGCCGUGUGGGCUGUGGGCGGCAGACCCUUCACCUUCCCGCCCAAUGUCGGCUACCCCAUCGGCCCCGGCUACUUCACCAAGUUCGUGCUGCAGGUGCAUUUCACCAAUCCCAAGGGCCGCGCAGACCUCAUCGACAACUCUGGCCUCUACCUGAAGCUGGCGCCAUCUCUCCGCCCCAUGGACGCGUCCAUCAUGCUCACGGGCCCUGUGUCCUACGAGUACCUCAUCAAGAUCCCCCCCGCCAUGCCCUCGUGGACGCAAGUCAGCACGUGCCCGGGCGAGUGCACCUCUGCUGUCUUCCAGAACGAGAGUGUGAAGAUCAUUGGGUCGUUCCUGCAUCUGCACACGCUGGGGCGACAGUUAUACACGGAUGUGUUCAGAAAGGGCAGCAAAGUCGCCACCAUCAGCCGUCAGGACUACUACGACUUUGCAUCGCAGCAGACCAUACCCUUCACGCCAGAGUUUGAGCUGCUGCCAGGGGACGAGCUGCGUACCUCCUGUGUGUGGGACUCCACUGACCGCACCAACGUACGUGUCCCCCCCCUCCCCCCCUUCCUCCCACAACAUGCACGUUAG